GGAUCCUUGCAGAAGACUGCGGGCUAGCUCGGGACUCGGGCUUCGCAGACAGGAGACGGAAGUGCUGGCGUUUCCUCACUGAGUCAGGGAUGCCUCUCUUUGGCAGCAUAUUCAGCCCAAAGAAGACCCCGCCUCGGAAGUCGGCCUCUCUCUCCAACCUACAUUCUUUAGAUCGGUCGACGCGGGAACUGGAGCUGGGCCUUGAUUAUGGAACUCCCACCAUGAACCUGGCGGGGCAGAGCCUGAAGUUUGAAAAUGGCCAGUGGGUGGCAGACUCAGUGAUUAGUGGGGGUGUGGACCGGAGGGAAACUCAGCGCCUGCGCAAACGAAACCAACAGUUGGAAGAAGAAAACAAUCUCCUGCGGCUGAAAGUGGACAUUCUGCUGGACAUGCUUUCAGAAACCACUGCCGAGUCCCACCUAAAGGACAAAGAACUGGAUGAACUGAAGAUCACCAACCGCAGGAGGAAGUGAAGAAAGAGCCUGGGAACACUCAACUAGAAAGAGCUCAGUGACCAGGGGAGAAGGAUGUGGCAGAGCCCUUUGAUUUUUCCAUCAGAUUAGCAGACUUGCCCUAGGGGAGAGCGUUAACAGGUCCUGGCUCCCUUGGAUGGGAUAGGGAAGAGACACGGGAUGGAAGAACCCAAGGUGCCAGGCCAGGGCCAUAGCCAGGCAAGCACCUCAGAUCCACCCAGGUGUCAAUCUAAAACAUACUCCAGGAAGGUCUAGAAAUAAUGAGCCUUUGGAUGCUGUCGGCAGGUCACAGCAUGUAACUACCCGUGUCUCAGAAUCACCGUGUUCAGACAGCUGGCAGCUCACCUCUUGAGACUGGUGUCUGGGGUUUGGCACUCCUUCCAGAGAGCACCUUGUGUGAGGGUGCCCAGUAAGUGGCUCUGGGUUAUCUGCACCCCGGUCCCCAAAACCCCCAGCCGUAAUCUCUCUGCCUUUAAAGAGCCCUCACCCCCCGAAUCCACAGCCUCUUCUGGCAUCGGCUUCCCAGCAGCAAGCUCCAGCCUUCCACAGCACAUUGUAAUUUACUCUAUUUUUAUUAAAUGGUGUUCAAUAA